CUCUCAUCAUUAGACAAAUAUUUUCCUACCUCUGCUCCUGAAGAUCUGGUCGGUGAAUCUGUCUUAUCGAAUUUGAUGACGAUCUUUCGCAAAAUCGAGGCAGCUCUCCUUACUCAUGAUCAUAGUGCGGCAGGAGUUCGUUGUAGUUCUACUAGUUCUGCUGAUAUAUUACUGAAAGGUCGAAUCCGAAGUACAUCACGAGGUCGUAAUCAAGACGGGAGAAAAGACGGAGGACUUGAACGAGGAAAUCUUCUUUUUGUCUGGCCGAUUGAUGCUCAAGACGCAAAUUACGAUACUGUGGUGGAACAAAUCCUACUAGGACAAGAAGAAGUAGGAC